CGACACUGUAUUGUGACGCUGACUUCCCUUGUCCCCCUUUCGCUCGGCUGACAAACAACCGAACCGACGUCAAAAUAUCUCCACUGGAGCCUUUCUCACUGACAAUUGCGGCUCUUUUUUCCCGGCCCCAAAACUGUUACUGCUUCUACCUACUGUACCUAAUAAGGUACGCUACGCUACCUCGAUCUAUUACACUACAUGCCAGGACCCGUUCGUUCAGUCAAUUUUGACUCCGAUUCCGCCACCCCAAACCCAGCCUAACUCAGAGUUUCCGUUCGAGUCAACAUUCGGCCGAAUGCUUUCGUCAGAUUGAAUUGAAUCGUAUUAUUCAUUGGUUCCCUCUUUCCCUUUGACAAACUGGUUGAACCAACCAUCACUCAAAAUCGAGUCAAGCUUUUAGCACCUACUGCACUCCACCCACUGAAGGACCCCCGGACUACGGCCAUAACACAGCACCGUACAGCCGACUUUUAGCUGCAAAUCCCCCUGCAACUCAUCCCCUCUGAUCCCAUAUCCCAUCUCGAUCCCCAUCCCAUUUCUUCCCCCCUCCCCUUCAACCUAACAUCGCGGCGGCUGUAUUCCUCAACAUAUACUUAGCAGCCCGAGCUUUUACUGCGCCGCGCAUCAGGUACUAUACCUCCUACUGACUGUUGCAGCUGGCCCAUACAGUUAAGGUACUGCAUCAGAGUCUCCCCACUUCAUAGGGAACUUCCACCACUGUUUUCGCACGCAUACGGUACCUUACCUUACUUUCACUCAUACGCUACGCACACCCGACCUCGCAGACACGCCCCUCAUCGCAUCUUGAAUCUCGAUCUCUUGCUGGCCGCUGCGCAAGGCCCAAAGCCACUGGCCACUAGGUGCCAAGGACUCGCAGUCCCUCCGGGGCUUCGAUUCCCUCCUCUUCUCCAGGCGCCUUCAUGCAGCGGCUUCCUAGUUUCAACUCUCCCUCGUCUCCUUCUGCCUCUGCUUCUUCGAAUUGUCCCGUCGCAGACUCAACCGAUCAAGAGAAGGAGGGUCACAAAAAGCAUCCACCACCAACCUCAACCUCUACUCUGGGUUCAGUACCCACAUUUACGACUCCAAGCAACACCACUACCACCAGCACGACUGACGCUGAGCUUGAUACCGACGUUUCAGUUCUUGCUGCUGCUGCUGCUAAAGCUGCCGGGGAAGCUUACAACAGGGUCACCAUAACUGGCAGGAAAGCCUACGACUCUCGCCGCAUAUCAGAGGCACCAGCAUGGAGGCACGAGCUUAGCAUACCAAACUUGGCCUCAAUCGCGCCCUUUUCUGACUUUGCGACCUCCUUCUCGCCAGCUUCGACUACCGGCGCUAUUCACCAGUCAAGUUUGUCCACCGCCGGUAGUCCACGAGGUCUUAGCGCGUCCACGCGAGGGCUUCCACAGACUCCCAUUCCGGCGAAGCGUCCGUCCGCCCCGUUCAGAGGUGAACCCGUCAUGCACCCAUCACCCAUCAAGAAAGCCCGCACUGGGGCAUCACCACCUCGAAAGGUCGAACUUCCUAACCAAACCGCGAAUCUUGAUCCCUCAGCAAGGGGGAAGCAGCAAGGGCCCCUCUCGCCUCUCUUCUUCUCACACACGCCAGCGAGGCACGUUCAUCGUCCGGCCAGCUUUCCCGCAACCGAUCCUGCUAUUUCUAUGCUUUCACGUAUGCGAGAGGACCCGGCUGGCGGUGUCACGACCUUGAAGUUGCCUCGCGCAAGUGUGAGCUCCAUCAGCCCAGGAAGAUCAGAGAGCACUCCUGGUAGUUGGGGGUCUUCAAUGGACGCUCCCGCUCAUACAACGACUCCAGACAGUCGUAGUCUCCCUCCGGGGCUGCAGAUGCUACAAGGUGUUGGUGUUAUUGAGUUUCUGGAGCAGGACGAGAGGCCUACCUUUCUGAUAGACCUGGACAAUUCCGCGAAUGCUAGCCGUGCCGGCUUACACAUCCUCUACUACAACGCGUCUCUACGAGGAGCACAUGAAGUGCUUCAAUAUUUGUCAGUGGACCAAGAAGAUGCUAGUGCAGACACAGAUUUUGGUCGCUUCAAAUCAUGGAUUAUGACACAAUCCAAAGCUCGUGUGUCAGCUGAUACUCACAAGUAUGCUGGUAUUACCUGGACAUUAUCAACAUUACGUCGAAGGUUUCGCUUUGUUAGCGCUCAGACUUGUGUUGCUACUCCUCGCCCCAGUACUGCGUUGCCACUCAUUGACGAGGCAGCUGCUUCGGAAACGAGAAGUGCCGGACACUCGCCGCAGAUGCCCGUUACUCCUGACGCCGAGCUCGUUGAUGCGCCAGAUUAUUUCGGUGAUGCUGAACCUAUUGAUGCUAAUUUUGGUCGCGCAGAUGUUGAUGCGAUCAUGGAGGGAGGUGACACGAGACUACACCCUGACGAGUUUACAAACCAAGUCUUCCAAUCGCAACCCGCAAGGUCAAUUUUCGAUUGGACAAGGAUACCGGUGUCGGAUGCACUUCCUCCUCAUAUAAAGUUUGCUCGUUCUGUAGAUUGGGCGGCUACUCCUCUCGGGCCAAUCGAAGAUUGGCCUGCGGAUCUCAGAUCCAUGUCCAACCUCAUCAUGGGCAGCCCACACCCCGCUGCCAUGUACUGGGGUCCCCAGUGUGUGAUCAUCUACAACGAAGCUUAUCUUGACCUUGCAGGCCAAAAACAUCCCAAGUUGAUGGGGUCUUGCUACAUGGAUGCCUGGCCUGAGAUUUGGGAUGAGAUCAAGCCUGUGUUCAAGAGCGCACUAGAAUCUGGACAGGCGACAAUGAAGCACGAGAAUCAGCUCUUCAUUAAUCGGCACGGCUUCUUGGAGGAAGCCUUCUUUUCGUGGUCAAUUGUUCCCUUGGUGGGUGGUGAAGGCGAAGUGGUCGGACUAUACAACCCAGCUUUCGAGAAUACCCGCAGACGAGUCAACGAGAGACGAAUGCUGAUGCUUCGCGAGAUUGGCGAGAGGACGGCUGCAGCUACCACUGUCGCAGGUUUCUGGCCCCAGGUGCAAAAGGGACUGGAGUUCAACGAACACGAUGUGCCCUUUGCCCUGAUCUACUCGGCCAGAGACGACACUGAGAGCGAGGUUUCAUCAUUACAUUCUGGCAGCUUGAUACACUCACCCCAAUUGGUUCUUGAGGGGAGCCUUGGAGCACCAGAGAAUCAUCAAGCCGCACUUCCACAGCUUGACAUGCGGCAGUCUGAGGAUGGCUUCGCGCCUUACAUGCGCCAAUCAAUGGCUGCAGGCGGUGUUCCAAUUGUCCUCUCUGAAGAGAGUGGUAACCUUCCUACGCAUCUUAUUGAUGGUCUUCACUGGAGGGGCUUUGGCGAUCCCUCAAAGACGCUCGUUGUUUUCCCCGUUAUCCCGACCACUACAGGAGAAUCCGUGAUUGGAUUCAUCGUGAUGGGUGUCAACCCUCGCCGACCCUAUGACGACGAUUACAAGCUGUUCAUUCAUCUGUUGUCCCGGCAGCUAGCUACCUCGAUGGCUUCAGUGGUUUUGUUCGAGGAGGAAAUCAAGCGUGGUCAAAGGGCUGCCCGCCUCGCUGCACUAGACCGUCAAGAACUCUCGAUGCAACUUUACCUCCGUACACAAGAAGCCGUGGAAAGCGAGUACAGAUUUACUCGAAUGGCUGAGUUCGCUCCUGUCGGCAUGUUCAUCGCCAACUUCGCGGGCAAGAUCAACUAUUGCAACGAUAUGUGGUGGCAGAUCUCGAGGCAUUCCCGGUCCGAGGAUUCUGUCGAUACUUGGAUGGAUAGUGUCAGAGACGAGGAUAGACCAGCAUUGGAAGAUGCGUGGGACAAACUCCUCAGAGAGAAAGUCACGAUUUCGGUGGAAUUCCGGUUCAAGUGUUCUCAACAGAGCGAUGGAAACACGAUUGAUACCUGGGUUCUGAUGAGCGCUUAUCCCGAACGGAACCAAGAGGGCAAUCUUAAGUUGAUAUUUGGCUGUAUCACCGACAUCUCUUCUCAGAAAUGGGCCGAGAAAGUGCAGAAUGAGCGACGUGAAGAGGCGGUCGAGAUGAAACGACAACAAGAGAACUUCAUUGAUAUCACCAGCCACGAAAUGCGAAAUCCUCUAUCAGCGAUUCUACAAUGUGCUGAUCAGAUCGCAAAUAACAUCACCAUCUUCGAUUCGCAUUCUGUCAAAGCAGAUGUUGAGAACCUACUGGACGGAUGCCUGGAUGCUGCAAACACAAUCAAUCUGUGUGCCAGUCAUCAAAAGCGUAUUGUGGAUGAUAUUCUGACGUUGUCCAAACUAGACUCGAACCUCUUAGCCGUUACACCCAUCGACGAACAGCCCGUUAGAGUUGUGCAGCGUGCCCUCAAGAUGUUCGAAUCAGAACUGGUUGCCCACGAUAUCGAGUUUGACUUCAACGUGGAUCAGAGCUUCGAGCAGUAUGGCAUCAAAUGGGUGAAGCUUGAUCCUUCCAGACUGCGACAAGUCUUGAUAAAUUUGAUGACAAAUGCUAUCAAGUUCACCCAAGGUCGUGAGAAACGAGCCAUUACUGUCAGCCUCAGCGCUUCAAAGCACGUGUCUGAAGUCACUAGGAAAGGCAUCUCAUAUUUUGAUAGAGUCGACCAUCAACGUACUGCGGUCAUGGAUAUCAACAACACUGACGAGUGGGGUCAUGGUGAGGAGAUCAACAUUCACUGCACAGUUGAGGAUACUGGUCCCGGCUUAAUCGAGGAGGAGAUGAAGUUUCUCUUCCAGCGAUUUCAACAGGCAACUCCACGAACACACGUUCAGUACGGCGGCUCGGGAUUGGGUCUCUUUAUUUCUCGUAUCUUGACAGAAAUGCAGGGUGGACAGAUUGGUGUUACGUCCCGCCGUGACAUUGGUAGCAGCUUCAGCUUCUAUGUCAAGUGCCGACGCUCUUUGACUCCUCCUCAGGAUUACGAACAGAUUACACCGUUCAAGAUCGCUCGAAAGUCUCAUGCCCCAGCCAUUCCGCAGAAGCCUGAACUCAAUCGCCAACCAUCUCGAACGACGACGACGACAACCGAAGACACAACCCAACUGUUUGAUGUUUUGAUUGUGGAGGACAACAUUGUCAAUCAAAAGGUUCUUCAACGACAGCUACGAAACUGUGGCAACAACACGUUUGUUGCAAACCACGGCAAGGAAGCUCUGCAGACUCUCGAGCGUUCAAGAUUCUGGGCUGGAAAAGAGACUGAAGGUGUUGACAUCUCUGUCAUCCUGAUGGAUUUGGAGAUGCCUGUCAUGGAUGGAAUGACCUGUGCUCGAAAGAUUCGAGAGCUGGAACGAGAGGGAACCAUUGUGCAACAUAUCCCCAUCAUUGCAGUUACGGCAUAUGCACGACCGGAGCAAAUCGAGAGCGCCAAGGCCGCAGGAAUUGACGAUGUCAUCUCCAAGCCAUUCCGAAUUCCUGAGCUAUUGCCCAAGAUCGAAGAGUUGGUCGGCAAAUACAAGAAUCUUUCGGUGUCUGCUUGAUGCUGUAUAGGUUCUGUUGAGCCAGCUCAUGCUUAAUUCUGCAUAGAUGCUGCGCCAGCUUAUACACCUGAUGCUCUGUCAGAAGAACUAUGCAGUUUCUCCACGGUUUACGAAUAUAACGAAGUCACUCGACCUGGAUGGUUAGACAUACGCUCACCCUCACUUUCGACAUAAUUACUUCACCAACCUAUUACAACCUACUAUUCUCUAUUUGGCUCCAUGUAGCAUUUGGUGUCAUGACUUUUGGCGUUUUGGAAAGAGACAAGGCUGGUUUGCGGGAUGGCGAGCCUGCAAGAUCAUUGAAAUGUAGAACAUGGAAGCGACUCUUUUGGAUUUUAUGUGUGAAUCUCUUUUACAGAGCAUAUGGAGCAAAAAUAUCAGUGAGGAUGGGACACGAUGAGCAUUAACAAACACGAUAGAGGAUACACGACGUGCUGGCGUUGUUGGCGUUGUUGGGCUGAUGGACGUCGUUUUGUGGAUGGAUAUCUCUGGACAAAGAUAUGGGUUGUGUUGGUUAUACCUGCCCUACAUGAUCAUGGUUGAUCAUGAUUGUUAUCUGCAUAUAUCUAGAUAAGACCGUUUAUUCGGUGGAUGUCAGCUUGACUUGUUUUAUGAUAUGGUGGUCUCCGUGAACAUGAUGAAGCAUAAAGCUACAUAUGGCGUGGGAGGUUAUCCCGAACCUAAUCGUCGUCUCCGCGAAGGAUGAGGACUAGCAAGUGUAAUACUAAUACUCGAAGGCAACUCAAUUGAUAUAGAUAACGCCAGAUGGUAUGAAUGAAGACCAUGAUCAACCA